AUGGCCCCUACUAACGUGACCAAGAAGCCUUCUCAAUACAAACAAUCUUCUAGAAAGGGUAAGAAAGCAUGGAGAAAAAAUAUUGACAUUUCUGAAGUAGAACAAUAUAUGGAAAAAAAAAUUGACCAUGAAGUUACACAUGGUACAAGUGAUAUGACUUCGUUACAGAAUGAUGCCCUUUUCCAAGUCGAUGUUGAAGGUGACGACAUAUUGAAAAAGAAAUUGAUUAAGAGAAAUCAAAUCAAAAAAAGUUUGAAAAGUAGAGAGAUUCUUGAUGCCGUCAAAACUAAUUCAAAAAUUUCAGCACUUAAACAUCAUAAGAGUGGUAGUGGGGAAAAAUCCAAGAAAAUUCAAGGUGUUUCUAAGCAUGAAUUGAAAAAAUUAAUGGCUUUGGCUGGCAGAGUUCACGGUGAAUCAAAGAUCAAGAACAGAGCUGCCAAAGAUGGUUUAAUCAAAUCAACGGCUGGCGACUUGUGGGGUAGCGAAUCUAGUCCCAAGAAACAAAAAAUCAAACUGCCUUCCGGUAUUGAACUUGAUGUGAAUGAAAAGGGCCAAAUACCUGAGGAUUUACUCAAAAAAUCAACAACAGGUUGGUCUAUUGCUUCAGUUAGACCAGAAACUUUGAACGUGGAACCACUUGCAGUGAAGGACUUUGUGGAGCUUCCACAUGCUGGUAAAUCUUAUAAUCCUAACGACAAAUCUUGGUCUGAAUUGAUAAAUAAGGAGUAUAAAGAUGAAAAAGUAAGAGAAGAUGACAGAGUCGCCUUAGAAUUGUAUAGAGAAAGGAUUAGUCAUUUAAUGGAGACAUUAGAGGACAAUGAAGAGGAGGAAUCUUCCUCUGACGAAGGGGAAAAAGAAGAAGAGAACGAAGACGAGCAAAGCGGUAGUUCUGAUGAUAUUGAAGUAAGACUAUCAAUAAAUGAACCUGUUAAGAAUAAGAAAAAGACGAAGUAUCAAAGAAAUAAAGCAAGCAAACAUGAAGAGAAGGUUAAAUUGCAACAAGAACUAAAGAAAUUGAGAGAGCGGGUUAAAGAUUUAGAAACUGUUAUUGAUUCUGAGGAGACCAGGAAAACUUCUGUCGUAGAGCCUAAAAAUGCCAACAAGGUUAAGAAGAGCAAGAAAAAUAAAAAACAUAAAUUAGGCACCAAGUAUUCUGUUAUUGAUGAGAGAUUGGAAGUCAAAUUCUCUGAUGAACUAUCUGAUUCAUUGAGAAAAGUGAGACCUGAAGGAAACUUGCUAUACGAUACCGUUAGAAAAUUACAAAGUUCCGGUAAGAUUGAAUCAAGAGUACCGGUUAAGAGAGGCAGAAGAUACAAGCAAAAAAUCACUGAAAAGUGGACACACAAGGACUUUAAAUAG